AUGAAACACUUAGCUUUGACACUACUGGCCCGUCUGGUGCUCGCAUAUCCUUCUCAAUAUGCGCGAAAUGCUUUGGCGUUUGCCCCGGAGGAACCUGAAGAACCAAUAGGAUCCCCCGAAUUCUGGGAGAAGAUCAUCGUCAGCGGCAUUCUGGUACUGGCGGGUGGUGUUUUUGCCGGGUUAACGCUUGGCCUUAUGGGUUUGGACGAACUGCACCUCCGUGUCUUAGCAACUUCCUCGGACGACCUCAAAGAGAAGAGAAAUGCUCAGAAGGUAUUGCGACUAAUGGGACGAGGGAGACAUUGGGUUCUAGUGGUCCUUCUACUUGGCAACGUGAUCAUCAACGAGAGCUUGCCGAUUUUCCUCGACAGCGCUAUUGGAGGUGGCGUGGCCGCCGUUGUAAUCUCUACGACCGCGAUUGGUAUGCCUGCUCUUCCCCGUCUAUCAUGUGUGACAAUCAUUCCCCAAGCCCUGAGUGUCAGAUACGGUCUUGCCAUUGGGGCUGCUUGUGCACCCGCCGUCCUCGCAAUGAUGUUCAUAUUCGCUCCAAUUGCAUGGCCAAUCGCCAAGCUACUUGAUUAUGUAUUGGGUGUUCAUGCAACCCAUACCUACAAAAAGGCAGAGCUCAAAUCAUUCCUCCAAUUCCACCGAACCGGCGAAGAACCGCUCAGAGAUGAUGAAAUUAGCAUAUUGAACGGCGUCCUCGAGCUAAAUACGAAAAGCGUCGAGUCGAUCAUGACACCAAUGAAGGAUGUCAUUACACUCAGUGCUGACACAAUCCUCGACCACGCUGCCGUUGACAAACUGUUACUGAGUGGUUACUCCCGCUUCCCAGUACACCAACCAGGACGGCCCACAGCUUUCAUCGGAUUUCUACUCAUAAAGAAGUUACUUGCCUACGAUCCAAGCACAGCACUACCAAUCUCUAGCUUCCCUCUUUCCGUCCUUCCAGAAGCUACUCCCAAAAUCAACUGUUUCCAAGCACUUGACUAUUUCCAAACAGGUCGUUCUCACCUGCUUCUUAUUAGCCGUACGCCUGGGCAAGAAGGUGGUGCGAUUGGUGUUGUAACCCUUGAGGAUAUCAUUGAGGAAAUCAUUACCGAGGAAAUUGUAGACGAAACCGAUCGUUACGAGGAUAAUCAGAGUAAACGUCGCGCUCGACGUAUGACUACCUCUGCCAUAAUGCGAGGAAUUGUUGAACAACGAACUCGAGGAACAUCUCUAGGCGUCUUGGCCGAGGAGAGCGAAAGAGCUUCGCUCCUAGGAAGUCCUCGUACUUUCAACGGUGAUCUACCGCAAUAUGGCUCUGUGGGGCUGAGUGAAUCUCCUCGAGACUCAUAA